AGUUUCGUUGCAAUUGAAAGUGAAGCACUUGCUCGAGAAUGUUACACUUCUUGGUGGGUCUUUUUGCCUUUCUGGCCAUUGCUACAAUCCUCCUGGAGCUGUUCUUCCGGAGUCUGCCCAGCUACACGGCCACCAUUGGCAUUGGUGGACCCUAUCCGAAGCCUUUCUGGCGUGGCUUGAAAUUUGCCCUCACUCUCAAUCGAGUGAGCAUUUUCGCCCUAUUUCGCACGUAUGCAGAGACAUUCCAGAAGUCUUACGCCUUCUUCGGCUUCGGGCGACUCUAUGUGCACAUCAUAAAAGCCGAAGAUAUGGAAAAAAUUCUAAACUCUUCAAAACAUGCCAAGAAGAGUUUUAUGUACGGAUUCUUAGUGCCAUUCUUGGGAGAUGGUUUGCUGAUCAGCGGAGGGGCAAAGUGGGCGCAGAGACGAAGGAUUCUCACGCCAGCCUUUCAUUUCAAUAUCCUACAGCAGUUCCUCAAGAUAUUUCAGGAAGAAAGUGUGAAGCUUUCGCAGAAGCUCAUUAAUCUGGACCCGGAAGAGAGAGGAAUAGUCAAUCUUCCUCCGUUAACAUCCCGACAUACUCUGGACACGAUCUGCGAAACUGCAAUGGGAGUCAAAUUGGAUUCUCUGGAAGAGCCAGAUGCUUAUAGGAAUAAUAUUUACAGCAUUGGCAGAUUGCUUAUCGACAGAAGCCUUCAGCCUUGGCUAGCCAAUGACUUCAUGUUCAAAAUUCUUGGCUACAAGGAGAAGUUAGACAAACUCCUCAUGCCAAUUCAUUCUUUCACAAGAAAUAUCAUCGAGCAGAGGCGAGUUCAAGUGCACGAAGUGGGCAACAUUCCCGUGGCAAGUACCAGUGAGGAUAUCUACAGCACGAGGAAGCAGAGAUAUGCUAUGUUAGACACGCUGUUGGCAGCAGAAAAGAACAACCAAAUAGAUGUGGAGGGAAUUCGGGAGGAAGUGGACACAUUCACUUUCGAAGGUCACGACACAACAGCAUCUGGAAUAACGAUGAUUCUCUUCUGUCUGGCAGAAAAUCCGAUUGUUCAGGAGAGAGUUUUCAAGGAGAUAGAGUCAAUAAGAGGGGAGAAGAACGGGUCAUCGCUGGAGAUUGCAGACUACAGCAAUAUGGUUUACACUGAUCGAGUGAUUAAGGAAUGCUUCAGAUUGUAUCCUCCAGUUCCGUUCAUCUCGCGAGAAUUGACAGAAGAUCAGGAGAUCAAUGGAUACCCCGUGACGAAGGGAACAAUGCUGGCACUCCACAUUUACGAUCUCCAUCGAGAUCCUGAGGUAUUUCCUGAUCCCGAGCGCUUUGAUCCGGACAGAUUCCUGCCUGAACAUGUGGAGAGACGCCAUCCUUUCGCUUAUCUUCCUUUCUCUGCCGGGCCGCGUAAUUGCAUUGGCCAGAAAUUCGCCCUGCUGGAAAUCAAGACGGUGAUCGAGAGCAUCCUGAUGAACUUCCGCCUUUCUCCCAUCACUCAUCGCGAUGAUAUUGUCUUCAUCGCCGAUCUUGUGCUGAGGACCGAAGAUCCCAUAAAGAUCAAGUUCACAAAGCGAUCGUGACCGAAUUGAUCUGAGGAAGUAUAAAUAAAAUAUCGCCGUUCUUCUGAUAAGUAACAAUACUCAUUGUUUAAAUUCUGUUUACAUAGCAAUUUACAUGCUCACAAAACACUCCACUGAUGAAUAAAUUAUCUUAAAUGCUAACCAGCAAAAAUUA